CCCCGCUCCUCCCGCUGCGGCGGAGCCGGGCCGCCCGUCCCGCAUCCCGGCCCGACCCAGCCUCUCUGCCUCCCUCCGCCAUGGUGCGUUGGCUCGGGACUUCGCAUCCUCCCUGCUCGGCGCGCCGGCAUCCCUCAGCCGAGGGGCGUCGGUUACCGUGAGAGAGGCACCGCUCCCAGGGCCGGGCUAGCCCUGGCGCAGCAGGGGCGAUGAGGCACACGCUGCUACCGCUGACCUGUUGAAAGAGCCGGGGUCGCUGGGGUUUCCUUUGUCUUGGUCUUUUUUUGGUCGUGGUUUUUUUUUUUUUCUAUUUUUUUUUUUUUUUUGUCUUCUCGACGGGGGAAGUUUGCUCCCCAGACUGUGGCCCGGCUUCCUCCACACCCUUUCCUCCUCCUCUUCCUCCUUUUUUCCAGGAUCCGCCGCCUGCGGCCAGAAGUGAUUGCCCUCGUAAUCCCCCAGCCCCGACCCCAGCCCGGCCCAGCUGCCGCCAGCGCCGGAGCUGGGGACACCCCCUCCUCCCGCAGGAGCUCCCCGCGGGCUCCGGGCUCGCCCUAUCCCCGGUGCACCGCGGGCCGGCCGCGGCCGGAGCGGUGGGGCGGCCCCGGGUGGGCCGUAGCCCCUUGGUGGCGGGCUGCCGCGGAGGCUGCUGCCGCCGCGGGUCCCCGCGGGGGUGCCUCCGGGCUGCCGGGCCGCCACCAUGUCGAAAGUGGCGGCGGAAAGUUGCGGGGCGGCGCCGGCCGAGGACUUGUCCAAGGUGUCGGACGAUGAGCUGCUCAAGUGGAGCAAGGAGGAGCUGAUCCGCAGCCUGCGCCGCGCCGAGGCCGAGAAGAUGAGCGCGAUGCUGGACCACAGCAACCUCAUCCGAGAGGUGAACCGCCGCCUCCAGCUCCACCUCGGCGAGAUCCGCGGCUUGAAGGAUAUCAACCAGAAGCUGCAAGAAGAUAACCAAGAACUGAGAGACCUUUGCUGCUUUCUGGAUGAUGACAGACAGAAGGGCAAGAAGGUGUCCCGUGAAUGGCAGAGACUGGGCAGAUACAGUGCUAGUGUUAUGCACAAAGAGGUUGCCUUAUACUUACAGAAGCUGAAAGAAUUGGAAGUGAGACAAGAAGAAGUGGUUAAGGAAAACCUGGAGCUGAAAGAAUUGUGUGUGUUGCUGGAUGAGGAGAAAAGUGGUGGAGCAGGCAGCCGGAGCUCUAUUGACAGCCAAAUCAGCCUGUGCCAGUUAACCGCGACGAGUACUUACAUAAGAGAUGUCGGUGAUGGGAGUAGUACUUCUAGCACGGGAAGUACAGACAGUCCAGACCAUCAUAAACAUCAUCCAAGUACUAGUCCAGAACAUCUUCAAAAAACUCGGGGUGAAGGAAGCCCUGAGCAUCACAAACACAGGAAUAUCAGCCCAGAGCACCUGCAGAAGCCCAGGAGUUCUGGCAGUCCUGAUCAUCACCUGAAAGGACCAAGUCCAGAACAUCACAAAACCAUUGUCAAAGCACCUGAACAACAAAAGCACAGCAGCAGCAGUCCAGAAACUAUCCCAAAGCACGUUUUGAGUAGUAGCCCUGAACACUUUCAAAAGCAGAGGCCUGGUAGUAGCCCUGAGCAUCAAAAGCACAGCGGUGGCAGCCCGGAUCAUCUUCCAAAGCACACACCGAGUGGAAGUACAGAACACCUCCACAAAGUGAGGGGUACGAGCCCUGAGCAUCUCAAACAACACUAUGGAGGGAGCCCAGAGCACCUCAAACAUCUCAGUGGAGGCAGCAGAGAAGGUACCCUCAGGAGACAAGUAACAGAUGACCUGUCACCUCACCACAGAAGUAUAUACAAUGGAAUGAAUGCUCUCCAACCACCAAGACCAAAGGCUCUGCAGUCUUAACUAAACAGCAGAAGAUACCAGAAUCUAUGUCUCCUCCAGGUACAGGUGCUACGAACUUUUUGAUUUAUUCCUUAUUGUUGGAACUUGACAGCUGGUCUACUCUCCAAUCAAUAAUGCUGAAUGCUACAUUUUGACAGCUUGCAAUCACAGCAUAUGCAAAUAAUUUGGAGAACUAGGAGGACAAAAGCAUCCUAAGCAUAUUAAAAUAAAUCCUAAUUUCAGCAUUAAGACAUUGGUAUUUGCAUAUUUUACCUUCUUUAUGAAUGUAAUAAAAUGGAAAGAUUUCUUAACCUUUUGGAGCGUACUGAGAAGUUGUAUUCAGACUGAUAAAAAUGAAUUGCUGGAUUGCCUGACAGCAUGGAAGUGACUGAUCAGACUGUCUUGGAAGCUUGGAUCUCAGAGUUUUAUCCUCUCAAGUCACUCCAUCAUCCUGGUUUUGUCAAGAAUGAAUUCGAUAGUGCUAACUCCUUGUAUUGAUCACACUGCUGCAAGUACAUCCGGUUGUAGACCCAUAGAAUACUGAAAAGAUACUUGGGGAAGUACAAAAAGAGAUUUAGCACAAAAGGACUUGCUUGACCCUUUUUCAUGAUAACUCUACAACAAUCCAAAUUAAACAAAGGGUAUUGUACUUAAAUGACAAGUAACACUUAUGAACUGCCACCUGGAAAUGUGUACUUCAGGCACUGAAGCUAAGUUUCCUGGGCAACAUAUUCUAUUCCACCUCUGUUGCUUGAUGGUGUUUCUAUUUUAUUUUAUUUUUUUUUAACUGACCAAAUUGACAGAGUUGAUUCUGAUAUCAGUUUAGAAAAUGGAUAUUUGAAGGAUUAGUGAAGAAUGUUUGAAUGAGAAAUAAUUUGUUUGCUUUGAGAGCAAAAUACCUGUUGAAUUUGUCAAUAUGAAAAGAUCUAUACUUUAAGUGUAGCAACCCUUGGCUCUGUCUGCUUUGUGUUUCGUAGAGGUGCACUUAGCAGAUGUAUUUUUCAGUAAAUUGAUGUUAGAUAUUAAUCCUACAUGUCACUAAACCUAAUGUGAGAUUCUUGGAUAUUCAUUGUCCUUGUUACAGGAGAAACAGGGUGUUGACUGUGAAGAUGCAGUCAGGUGACACUUGCUCUCAAAUUUAACAUUUUUAAUUAAGUGCUUUUAAUACACCCAAAAUUUUGUUAGGUUUUAAUUGAUUUGUUCUUGUAGUGCUGCUCAGAAAUACAUCAUGAUGCAUAGGAAGCAAGAGGCUCUUGAAACUCAUGGGAAAGGAUCUGUAAUGGAAGAUGAAAGUGAUAGUAGAUUUUCACUGCCCAGAGUGAGAAAAAUCCAGAUAAUGUUUGUAUUCUGUUUAUUAGGAAAUGCUGUUUCCGAGGGAACCAGGAACAUCUGAAUUCCAAACACUGAGCCUCACUGGUCUGUGUUUUUACCUAUCAGCAUAGUAUUCAGGUGCUUCAGGAGUAUGAAUAGUCGUGCUAGUUAAAUGAUGUAUAAACCAGCCAGUUGGUUUACUCAUCUAGCUAACAUGACUGUUGAUACGGUGCUUACUAAGAGCUAAAUUUGUGUCCCAUUGUAUCUGGUGAAACACAGGGGAAAAGGUUCUUUGAGAGACAGUUUCUUCACUGCUCCAGAAGUCUGAUCAGGAAUCUGGAGAGGAUAAAGCUGAGAACAUUGUCAGUUUUAGCCACAUCCAGAGACAUUUGUUGCAUACAUAAAGAAACAUAUUUCAACAAACAGUUCUCUAUUUUUAAUGGUGUAAAUCAGAAGUAGCUCUUUGACCUACAGAUUGCAGGCCCAGUUCUUUUCUGCAUGUAAACACCAUCCCUUUAGCAGUCCAAAUAUAUUUCUGAUUCAGUGCUCAAGCCAGCGGCAAAUCUGUGGAGGUUCAGGGAUGUAUGAGGCUGUAAAUCUUGGCUUGGCACGAUGCUGACUAAGCUGUCAUCUGUGGCCCUGUCAGCUUUCAACUCCGUCGGGGCUCAUCCUCCAAGCCAUGCAAGAUGUGGCCUGGUAGCUGCGAACCAGUCAGCUGGGCUAGAGGCUGACUGUGUGGAGGUGUGAGAUUUUAGUGAUAGCUGGUCAGAUAAGGCUUGGUAUCAAUUUCAUUGCAUGCAAGUUUGCUAAUGCCUGUUCCCAUUGGGUGGGGAGUAUUCUCAGAGAGAUCUGAGCAUCCUCUGCCUUCCUCAAAAUCAAGGUGUGCUCCUCACUGCACAGGUGACUCUGGCUUUCUUCACCUUCUGGUAUGGCAUCGCUGCAGUGGGAUCAUCAGAUCUUGUAUCCUGUUAUCUUGCUCUGGUUUUGUGAAAACGUGUUUUUAAUUGUGUAUUGUGCAGAAAACUUAACUUAAUCCUCAAAACCACGAAGCCAAACUCUGAAAAACCCAAACCCAAGUAUUUAUCAGAUC